GGUCGUGUUCCGUGCGCCGGAUGCCGCGGCCGGGGCCUCGCCGAGGAGGAGUGCCGUGAAGCGGCGGCGGUGCCGCUGGUCGCUGGGGCGGACGGGAGGCGGCCGGAGCCAUGUUGGGCAGCGGAGCCAAGGCGGCCAAGCCGUCCUUCGUGUCCUACAUCAGCCCGGAGGAAAUACAUAUAAAGGAACCCAUUGAAAAGGAAGUAAAUCCUCGUUUACUACCAGGUGAACAGCUGCUUUGUGAGGCAAGCACAGUAUAUAAGUACAUACAAGAAGAUGGAUCAAAUCGUGGCACUUACGGAAAACUUGUGUGCACAAACUUCAAGAUUGCUUUCCUUGAUGACGAUUCUACUUCAGAUGAUAAUGAGCCACAACUUAAGAAUAAGAUCAUUGGAGAAAAUGACAUAACUCUGCAAUGUGUAGAUCAAAUCUAUGGAGUUUAUGAUGAGAAAAAGAAACUUCUAACCGGACAACUGAGAAAAUACCCAGAGAAGCUAAUUAUCUACUGCAAGGACCUUAGAGUAUUUAACUUCUGCCUCAGAUACACAAAAGAAGAGGAAGUAAAAAGAAUUGUCAGUGGCAUAAUUCAUCAUAGCCAGACUCCUAAGCUGCUUAAACGCUUGUUUUUGUUUUCUUAUGCAUCAGCUGCCCCGAACAACACAGAUGGAAGAAACCAAACUGUGAUGUUUGAUACUCUUGAAGACUGGCGUGAUGAGUUGGAGCGAACAAAGGGGAAUGUGCAGUACAAAGCAGUGUCUACCAAUGAAGGCUACAAAGUCUCCGAAAAGUUGCCUUUGUAUUUUGUUGUUCCCAUAUGCGUUUCUGAAGAGAGUAUUUUGAAGUAUGAAGGCAGAGGCAUUCCUAUUUGGUGUUGGUCUUGCCAUAAUGGUGCUGCUCUUCUCAAAAUGUCUGCAUUUCCCAAAGAACAGGAUGACAGCACUUCACAAAUGCAAAAAGCCUUCUUGGAUGGAAUCUAUAGGACAAUUAGAAAACCUCCCUAUGAACUCCUGAAGACAGACGACUUAUCGAGCAGCCUUCCAUCUCUGCAAGAAAUCCAGACUGCGUACACAAGAUUUAAACAGCUGUUUCUGAUAGAUAACAGUACAGACUUCUGGGCAACUGAUGUGAAAUGGUUUUCAUUGUUGGAGAGCACAAACUGGCUAGAGAUCAUCAGGCGAGUCUUGAAGAAAGCCAUAGAAGUUGUUGAGUGUCUGGAAAGGCAGCAUACAAAUGUCCUCCUUAUUGAAGAGAGUGCUACUGAUCUGUGCUGUGUAAUCUCCAGUCUGGUUCAAGUGAUGAUGGAUUCAUACAGCAGAACAAAAUUGGGAUUUCAGAGCCUUAUUCAGAAGGAGUGGGUAAUUGGAGGACAUGGCUUUUUGGAUCGUUGUAAUCAUUUACAUAAAAGUGACAAAGAAGAGGCUCCUGUGUUUCUGCUCUUGCUGAACUGUGUCUGGCAGUUGGUACAACAGUAUCCUCCAGCAUUUGAGUUCACAGAAACUUACUUGACUGUCUUGUCGGACAGCCUCUAUGUGCCUAUAUUCAGCACUUUCUUCUUCAACUCACAACAUCAAAAAGACACUACUACGACUGGUGAAAUCCUGAAGGCACAAAGCAGUCCUUUCAGAUUUCUUACUGUGUGGGACUGGUCUGUGCAAUUUGAUCUCAAGGCCCAGGCUUUUCUGAACAACCCUCUUUAUGCAGAGAAACCAAAACCAGAAAAAAGCCAACGGAAAACUGCACGAUUCAAACAUCAACGGCAGCUUUCUUUGCCACUGACACAAACAAAAUCUUCCCCAAAGAGAGGAUUUUUCAGGGAGGAAACAGAUCAUCUAAUUAAAAACAUUCUGGGUAAAAGAAUUGGCAAGUUCAUUAAUUCUUCAGAUGAACCUCCAAAUAGCUUCAGGGAGUUUUACGAUAGCUGGCAUAGUAAGCCUGUUGAUUAUCACGGUCUUCUGUUGCCUCGCAUCGAUGGACCUGAAAUCAAAGUCUGGGCUCAACGCUAUUUACGAUGGAUUCCUGAAGCACAGCUUCAUGGCGGUGGUACAAUAGCCACAGCUGCCAAGAUUUUGGACUUGAUGGAGGAAGUGCAAAACUUGCAGGUGAAAAUGGAUGAAGAACAUAGUCAAGCUGUUUCUGGAGACAUACAUGGUGUUCCAACGCUGAGAAAUUCUGCCCGUUUGUCGUCUUUGUUUCCUUUUGCUUUACUUCAGAGACAGUCUGUCAAACCAGCUUUACCCACUAGCACCUGGAAAGACUUGGAAGAUGAGGAUGACUUGGUCAAGAGAGAUGACGAAUUUGUUGAUCUAAGUAGUGAUAUGUUAUAAAGUGUAUAUACAUUUAAGUAUGUAUGUGGUUAAGCUGAGUUUAAGAUGUUUUGCUGUAUCCUAAUCUAAAGAACUCGAGUAUCCACAGCCUGCUGAGUGGGUCUGUAGGGUAAAGGAAACUUGGCUGAGUAUAUUUUGAACUUCCAUUUCACUCUGACAGUAUUUAUUGCAGAAACACAUUUUUAGUAUAGGUGUAAAAGAAAAACAAGUGUAGCAGCACCACAUGGCUGCUUUAUGCAAAAAAAAAAAAAAAUUAUGAUUCAGAGGUAGAAUACUAAAUGCAUACAGCAGCAGUUGUGAGGAAUCUGCAGACUUGCUUAACAUUAAACAUUGUUCCUUUUGUGCUAAAAGCUAACAGGAACUAUUAAUAAAUACAUCAGCAGUUGUCCAUCAUGUGAAAUAAGGAAGGCAAGGUGAAACUAAAUGUGCUUUCAAACAUAAGCUUUUACAGCUGAGAAUAGAACUUGGGGAUUUCUGUCUGAUGUGGCGUCAAAUGAAGUCAUGUGCUUGUCAGCCUCAUCCUUUCUGACAGUGUUUAUCAUUGGCUUGCAGAACUUCACCUUGUGUAGUGGUAUAAUAGCAGCUUGGCUUUCCUAAGGCUCUGCUUGCACUUAGCUUAAAGAUCAGGUGCAAGAGCUAAACUAAACAUUUCAAGACCUAUUGUGUCUGCUGUCAUACUCCCUUGCUGCCUUGGAAAAUUAAGUCCCAAAUGUUUGCUGUUGAUUGUAGGAAACGACCUGACAGAGAUUCUAGUUUAUUAUGGAUAUUCUUUUCCUCUCCUUUAGAUGUGAAAAUUUUUUUACUCUAAUUUCUCUGCAUAUGCCAGUUGCCUUUGCGGCUUUCUGAAGCUUUGCACUGAGACCUCUACACGGAAGGGAAGGCAGUCUUGAAUUUGCAGUCUGUUGCCACUUGACAUGAGUUAGUGGUACAGAUUAUGAAUGUGGCUUUCAUACCCUACAAACAUAUGCGUCCUGUUACUGGAUGUUCUAACAGUACCUCAGUGAAAAAAGCCAUAAAGAAAAGCCUGUUGAUUUUUGAUCUACUGUGUAUAUGUUUAUAUAAAAAGUAUUUUUGCUGCAAAUAACUGUCCUUUGUAAAGUUGAGUGCUAUCUGACUGUCAAAUCUAUUUUGAGCCCUUAAAUGAUAGAGUACCCCAAGAAUAAAUGCAAAUCAUAGUAUCAGUUAAUUUGAGAUGGUGGAUGUUGAAUAUUCUCUGUAUGAUUUAGAAAUCCAUGCUGGAAAAUUUAAAUAGUAAAACUAACACUUUAAAAUUUGAGCAGCUCAAUGUAAUCAGGGUUAUUAAACUAAGUUACAGAUCAGUCACUUCACAGUGAAUUGUACUUCAUACGUGUAAUAGAAGAUCAUCUGCAGCUCUUUAAAAUAUUAAUGUUAAAAGAAAUGUAUAAGUGGGGGGAGGGAGAGAUCUUGCUGCAACUCUAUGCCAAAUUGAAGCUUUUCAACUGCUGAUUGCCUUAAUCUUAGUAGCCUGAAUUUGUAGCAGUUUGUUUAAAAAUAUGCUAGUACUUUUCCUUUCUGCUUUGAUACAUAUCUCGUUGCUGUUUGUACAGCUAGCGUUUAUUGGAAUGGGCUGCCCAGCACAUGUCAUUCUGACCUUAGUGUAGCUCAAGCAAUCCAUUUAUCCAGUGAUUUCUAUGUGUGUUUGAGCAAUGCAUUUUUGUAGAGAAGAAAUAUCCGUCAUUCUAAGGGUCAUUUGGGUUCAGGGGGUUUUUAAACACUGUCAUUAGAAAAAAAAUCUAUUACAUGAAAUUUUCUGUACUUUUGAUCAAACUAUUACUGUGGCUGUGUCCUAAAGAUCACAUAUUUAUAUUACAGAUGUUGGACAUCUGAUUUGUACAUAAGUUAUCAGAAAUCUAUAUAGAGGAGAAGCAUAUAUGUGGAAUUGAACAUAGGAACACUUCUAAUGUAGAGUAAAUACCAUUGUUGUUGGUUUUCUGCACUGCAGGAUUGGAAACGUACUUAAUAUUUUCACUCAACUUCUGUUUAUACCUCCAAGUUUUUACACUGAAUGCGAUCUAGCAAUUGUAUAGUUGGCUUAAAAAAAUAAAUGCAACUCUUCUUCCUCUUUAGUGGGCAGUGUGGAGAGUGUCAAUAAAAUAUACUUUGUCAUAUUUAUCUUGAAAUGACAAUGUAUGUUUAAGCUCUGUUUUGCAAAAUGACACUUUAAAUUGUAGUGAACUUGACAAUCGCAGUGUCAAGGCUUGUUGAGUUGUACACAGGGUAUUUGCAGACUUACGGAGAGGAUGCUGUACAGUUUUGACCUGGCUAUGCUGUAGGACGAGUGUAUCAGUUCAGAAAAGAUCAAAAUUCAGUGCAGUGCCAUAGGAUGACUAUGGUAAGCUCCUGAACUGAUCUAGAGCGUGUCUGCCGAAUGGCAUUUUUUGGGGAUCUAUUAAAAUAUUGCAAUCUUAACUGUUUUGGGGAUCUAUUAAAUUUUUUCAUUCACAA